CUUCCGUACGAAAUCGUUCAUUAUCUUCGCGUGUAUCACGUCGUUGUUUACCGCAGCCUCCCCAAAAAAACGUUAAAAAAUAUAUAUUUUCGGGAAACGCAAAAAAAAACUAAUUAAUCUCAUAUAAUUAAUGCUGUUGAAUUAAUUAGUUAGAUUAGAAAUAAUUUCUAAUUCCACCACUAUCUGCAAUACAAAGUGUAUGUUUGCGUGUGAUCAAAAGUUAAAUGUGUUCAGAGCCAACGCGUGCGUGAGUUUUGAGUGUAUAUAUAUUUGUAGAUGUGUAUAUGUAUGUGUCAGUUAAGUAAUAAAAAUGAUAAAGGCGAUAAACAUUUAAGGCUGACAUGUGAGCAACUCCGUCAACAUUUAUUUGCGCAAUUUUGUGUCUGAAGUGAACCGUUUAAUUACGCAGCGCGAAAGCGAAAAGCGAAAGUGUGUCGUGGGUUAAGCAGCAGCCUGUUGUCCCCUGUCCACACUGACAACUACACACACACACACACACACACUCACACACACAGACACAGAGACAGAGAUAUACACAUGACGUCCUGCUGACAUGCAUACCGUUAGAUACAAAAUAUUUAGCGAUAUCGCAAGAGUCAUAAAAACCACGUCGUAUACUUGACACCAGCAGCUUGCAGUCGAAUACAAUAAUUAAUUAGCAAGAAGGCGUCGGAACAGCUACCCCAUUCCUCAUUCCACACCAGCCAGCAGACCAUCCCUUCCAGCCGCCACAUCGGCAAUGGCCGAGGACGAAUUGCAAGCGCUCGUGGAGAGCCUGGAUGCAGCCUCGGCUGAGCACAUUGAGAAUGCAAUUGCCAACUUCUCGCUGGACAUGUUACAGCGUGCCAGCGCCCUAAUUGGCGCACAGCAGGCGCAAAGCUCACAAAGUGCUCCACUGCCCAGCAUCAAUCGCACACUGGAAGACCAGUGCAGGCAACAGGCUGAGCUGGAGGAACACCAAUUCCCCCCAGCCACACAGCUAUUGACCACUAUGGCAGCAGCAGCAGCAGCAGCCCUUCAUUGUCCCACCUCCUUCGAUUCGGUGCUCUGUUGGCCCCGCACCAAUGCCAGCAGCUGGGCCAUUUUGCCGUGCUUCGAGGAGUUCAAGGGUGUUCACUACGACACGACAGAGAAUGCAACACGCUACUGUCACGAGAACGGCACAUGGAACCAUUACUCCAACUACAGCAGCUGCCAUCAGCAUUCCGGUUCGGUGCCCGUUGUUCCCGACUUCUCGCCCACCGUGGAUUUGCCGGCCAUAAUCUAUGCCUGUGGUUAUUUCAUCAGUUUUGCAUCCCUCGUGGUGGCACUUAUCAUAUUCCUCAGCUUUAAAGAUUUGCGCUGCCUGCGAAACACAAUCCAUGCGAAUCUAUUUCUAACGUACAUCACCACAGCUCUACUGUGGAUUUUAACACUAUUUUUGCAAGUGAUAACCACAGAAUCUAGUCAGGCUGGCUGCAUAACGCUGGUCAUUAUGUUUCAAUACUUUUAUCUGACUAACUUCUUUUGGAUCUUCGUUGAGGGCCUGUAUCUUUACACCUUGGUGGUGCAAACAUUCUCCAGCGAGAACAUUAGCUUCCUUAUCUAUGCACUGAUUGGCUGGGGCUGUCCGGCUUUCUGUAUUCUGGUUUGGUCCAUUGCCAAAGUGUUUGCCUCGCAUCUGGAGAACGAGCAUUUCAAUGGGCUGGAAAUUGAAUGCGCGUGGAUGCGUGAAUCUCACAUUGACUGGUUCUUUAAGGGGCCAGCCUCGAUGGCGAUAUUAAUUAAUUUGGUGUUUCUCAUUCGCAUUAUGUGGGUACUCAUAACCAAAUUGCGUUCGGCUCAUACGCUGGAGACGCGACAGUAUUAUAAGGCCUCCAAGGCACUGUUGGUGCUAAUACCGCUCUUUGGUAUUACAUAUCUGUUGGUCUUAACGGGGCCGGAACAGGGUAUCAGUCGUAAUCUCUUUGAGGCAAUACGCGCCUUUCUAAUCAGCACACAGGGUUUUUUUGUGGCUCUAUUCUAUUGCUUCCUCAACUCGGAGGUGCGCCAGACUCUAAGGCAUCGCUUCACCAGAUGGCGGGAGAGUCGAAAUAUUCACCGCAGCAGUUCCAUUAAGAAUCGCAGACAUCGCACAUCCAAAGACUACUCGCAACGUUCGCGUACUGAAAGUCUACGACUGACUUCGACGAGUCCCGUACCCAUCGGACAUUUUGAAUGAUCAACGACAUAUUUAUACCAAACACUUGAGAUUUCCUUUAUAUAUGUAUAUGUAUAUACACAAAUUCGAUUUGUAUAUAAGUAUUGCGUAGUGCACACACAAGUUUAAGUAUUACUUUUUAUAAAUAACGACAUAAGUUUAUUUAAGUUGAAGUUUCUUAAAUAUAUCUCGACCUUCUGCAGGACCGAGGAGUGCAUCAUCUCUCUGCGUCCAUCGCUGCAUACACGUGUUGGCUCACUGAAACGCUAUCACAGCAUUGAUCUUACCGAUUUCGUUUAGAUUGAGCAUACAUAUUCAUUUAAUUAAGGAUUUCCAUAUAACUACAAAAUGCAAAACAUAUUCAUAGCCAUACCCAUCAUUAAAUAUAAGAGAAACUACAAGCAGCUCUACAAAACAAGUUUUCAAAUAAACAAAAUUAAAACGGAUGAAUUUGAAGAUUCAUUCAAUUGCUGUAAUUACCAAAAAUGUUAACAUAUAUUUCUAAUUGACUUUUCUGCCUUAUCUCCACUCUUGUCAGAGCCAUAAAUCAGCUAAGCCAAUUUACACUAAAAAUUGAACUCUGCUUUAAAUAAAUUCAGACAUAUUAUAUGGUUAUAUAUACUAACCAAGUGUUUUCCAUUAUUAAUUAAGCACGAAUAGCCAGUCAAAUGUAAAUACGACUCGUAAUUGGAUACUUACAUUUAUUUGUACAUGUUGUAAUACAUAACAAUUUUCAGGGUCAAACAAUUUUUAUCGUUUACGUACAUUUAAUAAGCACAUACCUAUAAAAU